UCAUUCACUCUCAUCGGCCAGAUGACCAGUAUGGCACGCAUAACUCACCGUCGCAUCUCGCUCGUAUCGAGCAGCGCAAAAGUAGCCGGAAAGAAGUCGCGUGUUUGUCGAUGAUGUGUGCGUGAGGUAUCGAUCUUACAUCAUGGAAACGCAAUCAGUGUACCAGCUCGUUUGAUGACGACGAUGGCGGCGCUAGUUCGUCUUAAACGCGGUAGCGUCCAGCUAAGACACGCGGCACUCGAGGUCAGAGCGGCUGUACGGGCGCGACACAUUGUCGCCGCACUGGUCGCAGUUGGAUUUGCGCUUUGCGGCGCGGUCGAAGUCAGUUCCUCCGUCGCAUUACUAGCGAAUCAAAAAGACAAUCAUGCCAUCAUCGAUACAUCUUGGCACUGUGAUAUGCUGGUUAAUAUUAGCAGCCGCAAUCGCACCGAGGACUUUGAGAUUAUAUUUAUGGAGCUACCGCAGGAGGAGCGAGCGGAAUCGAUUAUGCGCGAGGCUUUCUUAUGGGGACAGGUCGCCGGCCCAAUUCUCGGAGGUUGCUUGGUAUGGGGUCGAUCCGGACCCUCUAUGGUGUUCUCACGCGCGGUUCUUAGCGCCUGUGUAGCGUCUCUGUUAGUACCUGCCGCCUGGCGCGGACCAUCGCACGUUGCGCUUCGUUUACUUCAAGGAUUAUGCACCGGCGCGACCAUGCCUGCUGCUCACAUGCUGGCUAUGACGUGGUUUAAGAGUAAUCACAGAAGUUGGUACUUCAGUUGUUACGCAGCUGUUAGCGUAGGUUAUUGCCUCACCGGAUGGCUGGGCACCGCGGUGGUGCGAACGUUCGGCCGCGAUUCUUUGUGUUACGGUCUGGUUCUUUUGGCGCUAUGCUGGUAUUUCGCCUUUGGUCGAUUCGUCAAGGAUACACCAAGGUCUUAUCAACACGAUACAAACGCAGCUGUAAUACCAUGGGGAAAAUUACUGAGAUCUGUACCCGUCUGGGCGUCCGCAGUAGCGACUAUGGGUAAUCAAUGGGGCGACGCGACGCUCGCUCUUGGCAUGACGAAAUACCUGAAGCUCAUAUAUGGUUUCUCUACAGCUAACGACUCGGUGUUGACCACAUUACCUCACAUCGGUCACUUCAUGGCUGCACUGACCUGUGGUCUUCUAGUAGAUCACGUCCGCGAGUCUAAAAUAGUUUCCACAACCACGGCGAGAAAGUUGGUCGUCUACACAGCCCAUUUCAUCCCCGCGGCUCUCCUUUUCGUCGCCGGUUACGCCGGAUGUCAGGCCCUGGGCGCAGCCUGGCUGGGAAUAGCAGCCCUUCUCGUUUCCGGUACUGCACCGGCCGGUGCACUAGCGGCUAUAGCCGAUCUCGCACCUGCGGAAUCGCCGGCGUGCGCCGCGGCCGCGUGCGCUCUCUGCUCUACGUUGGGCGCCGCAGGAUUGCUGGCUGCCAACUACUUCGUCACUCAGGCUCUUCAUGGCUCCAUCGCCGGCUCUUGGCGAUUGGUGUUCGGCGUCGCAUCCGUCGUCUUGUUAACGACCGCUGCGGUUUUUCUCGCGCUCGGCAAAGGCGUUCCGCAACCGUGGAUCCCAUCGGUGGCGAGACCGCGGAGUCACGACGUAAUCUACGAGCAGGACGCCUUCGAGCUCGAUCACGAGGACGUGGGCGUGCAGACCGAGCCUUAUGGGCCCUACAUGCUGGAGGAUGACGUCGAGAGCCUGAAGAACGUGCCUCGCUCCGCGUCUAUUCAUUCUAAGCUCUCGGUGGCUUCUAAUUGAAUUUCCAUUGCCUAAGUGCAAAUUCUCUGUGCCAUUUUUAUAUGCCCCAUUUUACAAGGAUAUUUCUUCGUGUUUUUUUUUUUUUUAUAACAAUAGAGAAGAUUGUACAAUAACUGUAUCACGAACACAGCGUUUGAUUAACACGAUGAAUGUAUAUAAUACUUUAAGAAUAAGAAUUAUAUAUUUAUACGAUUAAGAAUAAAGAAUAAUCAAAGAAUACUGUAAUAAAAAAAAGAUCUACUAAAAAUCUAUAUAUUUGUUUUUUGUCAAUGUAUAAUCUGUAAGCGGAUCUACACUUCUCACAAAUAAAAAUUUUUUUAUUACAUAUUGUCGCUGAUUUAGCGAAACAUCAUUUUGAGAGCAUUGACUGUUCUAGAGAUAAAAACAUUGCGAAAUAAUGUCAUGAAUAAUAAUGAAUAAAUUUGCCGACUCGUAGAAAGUCGAUUAGAACACAACGGUAGGCUAAGAAAUUCGACGAGAUCGCAUGUAUCAAGUAAGUAUUGUAAGUUUUUGUCUCAGAUCUACUCGCUUUCAACUAUUGUUGUAGCAGCCUCGCUUCAUCAGAAUGCAUUGCCGCGAUUUUCUCCAGUUAUUUCCUAACUCUCGUUGCAUACAAAUGUAUACAUUACGCGCGUACUGUUUUGUGAGACAAUGUGUGCCCGCGAUGACGACUUUCUAUCUCUGGAGAAAGAUCGAGAGAAAAGACCGACGCUCUAAUUAAAUAAUUUUGCUGCCGGUUUGUCCUUAUCGCGUGUCUUGAUCUUAUCGUGAAACUUACCGCGCCUCUACGCCACUGUAUCUAGCGUGCACGGAAUACCGGAAGACGUGAGUAAGAUCACUGUCCGUUUCAACGACUGUCUCCGUGUUCUAAUGACGACGUCGGCCUUUCACAUGCACGCGUGCAUAUCCGGCGCAUGCGGAAAAAUUGGAACGCUAUUUAAGUAACCGCGGAAAACUACCUGCCAUUCACCGUGAAUUCAGAUAUAUAUAUAUUUUGCACUUUUUACGCGUUUUUUUUCCGCGAAACUCGUUUAAUCUACAUUCUCGAACGUGUAUUAUAAGUACAACAUAUGUUGUUGGCUUUAUGAUUAUUGGUAUAUGUUUGAUUUUAUUUAUUAGUAACUAGAAAGUAUAUAUAUGUACAUGUUUAUUCUUUUUAAGUAAAUUUUCUAGAGUAAAUUUCGGAUAAGCUUAUCUGAAUUUUAUUCUGUUUUAUGAUAUGUCAAUAUUGAUAAAAUUUUAUUCGUGAUGCUUGCAUUAGUUAAUAAUUCUCAUACGCGCGAUAAUCACGAUGAUUACCGAGUAAUUAUUUCAAUCCAUUUUUCGUCCGAUGGAUUAAUAAAUCGCGUGCUAUUAAUAAAAUUUAUCUCUUUAAUAUUCUUUCUCAUCGUGUUGACUCGCUUUUUCGUAUUUCCUUCUCGGACAUGUGAUUGUUCCGCUUCACGGCUCUAGAAAUACACGUGAGAUAUUCGUGUCGUGUCAUACGUAACGCUUUUGCGAAUGAAGAAUUUGCCCGCGGACAACACGCGGACACUCCGAAUGCGUGGAAACCGCGAGCGAGAUCUCAUAAUCCCCGCCUACAACUGCGUAUAUUCGCGCACGACUAAUGCAACUUUGUUGUGUAGAUCCGACCGGGAAAGGAGUGUCGCAAUUACCAGCGACGCUAAUUACCGCCGGUAGACGCGUUAUACUAUUCUUUCCCGGUUAACAGCGACUCUCAGGGACUUAUGAAAUGAGUUCUCACACAACUCUAUCGUCUCUCUGACUCUUUCUUUAUUUUUCGCGAUGCAUAUAUAUAUCACACUAGUCUCUCUUACGUAACGCCGUAUUUACAGUCAGUAAGUAGUGAGUAAGCUAGAGAUGUCUUAGAAACUAAAGCUUUUGCCGAUGCUGUUCUUUUUUUGCCGUGAGAUUAUUUUUUAAUUAAUCAGCUUAGGUAUAAAGAUGCACUAGCGACGAUUUAUCGAUCAAUAAUUUUUGUUUUGUUUUUGUUAUUAAUUAAUGUAAACGUGUUGACAUAUAAUGUCAACAAACUUAUGUUGCAAUGUUUACAAUAUCAUUAUACCAUUGUGUAUUACAGGCGGAGGUAGUACCCAUUCACCAAUUUCGUCAUUCCAUUGUUCUUUCUCCAUUAUCAAAUAGUAUAAAUUUGAUGCAAAUUAGCGGCGUGUGAGAAAUAAAAUUUCGCGAUAAAAUUAUAUGAUAAGCUGAAAGGAAGAUAAGUAUACGAGAAAAUGAUACGUGUAUGUUUGAAAAAAAUUCCAGAAUCUAAAAUAUUUCUUAAUCGAAUAUAUGCUGAUGCAUCUAUUUCAGUAGAUAUUAAUAUGCAACGGCAAAUGAUAAAUAUGCGCUAUCGUGCAGAAGAUCGGAUUGCGCGGCGACGAUUUCCCUUUUGUGAAACCGAUCCGAUUCAUUAACGACACAAAUGUGCGGGUUGCAUGUGCGAUAUUGGUCCUUACACGCGGAUGGACAUAUCCGUUUG